AGAAGCGAGUGGCUGCCAGCAGUAAGCGCAGAAUUGGUGUGGGUGGACUGUCAGGCAAGUGUUGCUCACAUGUCGCUUAUCUUGUGUUAUGCGUUUGUGUGCUCAAUUUAUUAGCUCGUUCUCGCACAACACUUGUGUCAACUGUUCUCAAUACAUGCGCUAUAAGCGGAGCCGAACUUCUCGAGUGUGAAAACGUCCGGCUGCCGGCGGUCACCCCUGGGCGGUCCGGGGAUGCGGCACCAUCGCUCAGCGAGGGGUGUCCACGGCCCGUAGCGGCGGCCCUCGUGCCGGCAUGCGGCUAGCGCCCGGGCGCCAGCUACCCGGGUAUCGAGCACUGCGACGAUGCUGGCGCCGUGCCGGAGGCUGGUGCGGCUGUGGCCCGUGCUGGUGUCGGCCCUGCUGGUGUCCGCCUUCUUCCUGCAGCGCGGGUACGCCCCCGAGACCAGCACGCAGGACUCCGACAGGGACGACUGGGUGGCGGUCAGGCUGUCCAAGGACCAGAAGGAGUACAUCGACCGCAGAGGGGUGCACGUGGUGGUCGGCCACUACAUGGGAGAAACCAGCCGGCCGGGCCAGCCGCCGAACCUGACCAACGAGCAGCUGAACGCGAACAUGUUCGACCCGCAGCCGCACGAGGGCAAGAACGGCCAGGCGGUCGUCCUCCCGGGCCACGAGCUCCCGCGCAUGCAGGAGCUGUACUACAUCAACCGCUUCAACCUGCUGGCCAGCGACCGCAUCCCCUUGAAUCGCUCCCUGCCCGACGUGCGCAAGAAGAGGUGCCAGGGUAAGUACGCCAACAUCGCUGGCCUGCCGACUGCCAGUGUUAUAAUCGUGUUCCAUAACGAGGCGUGGUCGACUCUGCUGAGGACCGUGCACAGUGUCAUCAACCGAUCACCACCCUCGCUGCUCAAGGAGAUCAUCUUGGUCGAUGACUUCAGCAGCAGAGUGUUCCUGAAGGAGCCCCUGGACCGCCACGUCGCGGGUCUGCCCGUGCCCACGAGGAUCCUCCGCGCCUCUCGCAGGAUAGGUCUGAUCAAGGCCCGCCUGCUGGGCGCCGAGGAAGCGGAGGGUGACGUGCUCACCUUCCUCGAUGCCCACUGUGAAUGCACUAAAGGCUGGCUGGAGUCCCUCUUGCACCGCAUCGCGCAGGACCGGACGAAGGUGGUGUGCCCCGUCAUCGACAUCAUCAGCGACGACACGUUCGCGUACGUGCGCAGCUUCGAGCUGCACUGGGGGGCCUUCAACUGGGAGCUGCACUUCCGCUGGUACACGCUGGGGGCCGGCGAGAUCAAGCUGCGGAAAAAGGACAUAACGGAGCCUUUCAGGACACCAACAAUGGCCGGAGGAUUGUUUGCCAUUGACAAGAAAUUCUUUUAUGAACUCGGUGCGUAUGACGAUCAGAUGGAGAUAUGGGGAGGCGAGAACCUCGAACUUUCAUUCAGGGUGUGGCAGUGUGGCGGCAGCGUGGAGAUCGUCCCGUGCUCCCACGUGGGCCACCUGUUCCGCAAGUCGUCCCCCUACACGUUCCCGGGGGGAGUGGGCCAGGUGCUGUACUCUAACCUGGCUCGGGUCGCCCUCGUGUGGAUGGACGAGUGGAAGGAGUUCUACUUCAAGUUCAACCCUGAGGCGGCAGCGGUGCGGGACAAGCAAGCUGUCCGGUCCAGAAAGAUGCUGCGAGAGAAGCUCCAAUGUAAAAGCUUUGAGUGGUACUUGGACAAUGUCUGGCCGCAGCACUUCAUGCCAAAAGACGACAGAUUUUUCGGCAUGAUACGCAGCCGGCUCACGCGGCGCUGCCUGAUGAAGCCGGCGGGGAAGGGCAGCCUGAACCAGCCGAUGGGCUCGGCGACGCUCGGCGAGUGCGACGCGGGGCUCGGCCUGCGCCAGAUGUUCGUGAUGACGCCGGAGGGCCACGUGAUGACGGACGAGUCGGUGUGCCUGGACGCGCCCGACGCCGACCCCGGCGCCCGGCAGCCCAAGGUGCGCAUCCUGGCGUGCGGGGGCCAGGAACGCCAGAAGUGGCUCUACAAGAAGGAGGAAGGAGCUCUGGAGCAAGUGUCGAGCGGACUGUGUCUGGACCUGCCCAACACGGAUGCUCCCGAGGGCAGCCUGGUGCUCUCCGCCUGCACGGGCUUCGCAAGCCAGCAGUGGGUGCUGGAUGCCGUCCCGUGGAAGUAGUGCCUCUCCGACCACACGUCGUUUCUGAAUGACUGCUAAGACUGCUGUUGUUAUUGUGAACUUGAACAUUAGCUGGAAGCGGAACUGUUUGUUUUCAAACCGAGAUUCAAGUGCCCAGUUGAAAUUAUUCUGUGAUUCAAUUUUUACACUUUUUUUUACAUAAGGAUUUAUGCCAAUAAAGUAGUAGAUACUGUUGUGUACAGUUAUUAGUUUUAGAACAAUGUGAAAUACAUUUUGUGUGUGAUGUAAAGAUACCAUUUGUUAUUAUUUAUUGAUUUAUUAUUUUACUGUGUUUGACAAUUUAUUUUCCAAUCUA